AUGAAGAUUCGAUCAUGAGAAUGGAAUUUAAACAAUUUUCUUUAGUAUUAAGAUGGUAUUAAGGGAUCAAAUAUGAAUGCAGAAACUUUUAAGAGGUCAAAGAGACUUCAAAGAGGUCAAAGCAAAACUUGAACAUCAACCAGUGUCCAAGUGAUGAUAUACGGAGAUAAACAGAUUGGGAAUCAAUUACAGUGGAUCUAUACAACUAUUUGAGAAGAAAUCAAACCCAUACAGAAUCACAUCAUAGCACUGGUUAAGUGCUUUACCAUCCCAACAAAAACAAUACAAGAUUUCAGCAAGAUUCUACCUUUACGUUGAGGAGUGAUCAGAUUUCUUCGUGUAUCAUUGACCAGGCAAACAGGAAAACAGUCAAAGCUUAUUGGUAAUAUCCUUGGAAUGAGGCAAACAGUGAACUAUUGUGAAACCGGAGUUACUUUCAUUUGGCAGACAGAUCUGUUUAUCAUCAGACUAUCAUGAAAAUCCUAACGCCUGCAAUUCUGGGUAUUCCAUUAUUUUUAUCAAUAAUUCUUGAUUCAUAUGGAUUGGAGCCACCACUAUGCCACCCGAAAAAAAAAAUUUGGAAAGAAACACAAGACCUAGCUGUCUGCACUGAUGAUAAUCAACCAACGGAGAAACCAAUCAUACGCAGAAAUGGAGUAGAUGUUUCAGGAAAAAGUACCAUAUUUAACAGAAAGUACCAAGUAUCGUAUCAACCAUUAAGAGCAGAUGAAGGACAGGUUUUAGAGUGUUAUGUUUCUGAUCAAAACUGUACAUUUGGUACAUUAAAUGUUGUUUACAAGCCUGAAGUUACACUAACCAGGAUGUCUAAAAAUAUCUUCUCAUGCACUGUCGAUGCAAACCCCUUUUUAAGUAUUGGAUGGUCAAUUACUCCAAGCUACCUGAUUCAUCAUACAGAACAAGACCUAAUAACAUCCACAAAUUCAAUGUUAACAAUAACUAAACCAUCACAAAUGAUGAAUAAUACAAAUAUUACCUGUUUUUCCCAAAAUGACAUUGGUAAAGAUAGUGUGACUUUACCAUAUAUUGAGACUCUACCAUCAACUGAAAUUGACAUCAAUGACAACACAAGUUACAGAACCUCGACCAGCAAUUCUUUACCGUCAACUAAAAUUCUGACGGAAAACCAUGGUCACACACCUACCCCAUGGAAAGUCGGAAAAAGCGGGAAUAUAUACCGGAAAUCAAUACCUGUGUAUGUGAUGGUAUUGAUUGUCGGAGGCACAUUGUGCCUCUUAAUACUGAUAAUGUUUGGUUGUUACAUUUACAAACGACCAUAUCGUGACGACAAUGUUGAUAAUAAAAACACCGCAGAUAACAGCAACACCGAUCCAAUAUAUGUUGAAUUGAACAAUGUGAGUGGACAGAGAGAUAGCGCAUUGGAUACUUACAAUGAUGAAAUUUCUCCCGUUAACACUAACUAUUACGAACAUUUACCCGAUGUUGUUUCUAACAAGAUGCAGCCUGGACAUAAUUCAGACUCUCUAAAAAAACACACUUCCGCGAUAGAUUCAGAAUGCGAGAAUCAUGUUGAGAGCAGUGUUCAGAAGCUGGAUAAUUUGCCAAAGAAAUGCCCGGUAGACGCUCCAGCUUAUUUUGUACUUGAGGAAAACUAUGUAGAUAACUGUACUAUCUAUGAGGAUAUUAACGAUAAGUAUGAGCAAGUUGAGAAUUCCAGUGGUGACUAUGAUUGUGGUGGCCAAGAAGAAUCAGUUAUUUCCAAGACUUUGGAUGAUUAUAAUAUCUAUGCAGAAAUUGGAACUGGGGAUACGACAAAAGACUUUGUGAGCCAUGAAAAUGAGAUAUAUGAAUCGCUUGAUACAGGUCACUAUGAUAAGUUUCAUACAAUAAGGCCUCUUCCUGAGUUUAGCAAGAGCAUACUAUCAACAAAUAGAUCAGACUCAAAAACAUGCCAGAUAGCAUCAGCACCUGAACAGCGAACUUACACAGAUGAAUGUAAUAUUAAGUUCCUACUCAAGUAAGGGCUCCAUACUUAAGAACACCCUACAAAAUUCUGUCUGCUUUACAUAUGCUUUAAGAGGACUCCUAUAAGGUAUUGGAAUUAUUAGCAAGAUAUUCCAUGGAAACUUUCCUGGGAAACUUGCACAUCUACUAAAAAAUGUAGUGUAAUGAUCAAGCUGAGAUGUUUUUUGAUUGGCUAUGACUACACACCAUCCUAAAGCUGUUUGUUAACCACUAGAUUAUACUUGCAAAUUGUAAAAUUUAUUAAAAAUCAUUUAAAAUCUUGAAGUUUAAAUAAAAAUAGUCUUAAUUUAUCUCCAGUUAGAGGAGCAAUGCUCGCAAUGGUAGAACCGCGUAUGCUCGUUCAGUGGUGGCACUAGGAUUUGCCCAAUGGAAGAACCGAGGUCCCCGACAGAAAGGGGGGGGGGGGGCCCGAUUAGUAGGAAUCGUGUUUUAGGGGUCAUUCACAAAUUUAUCAAUAUUUUCUCAAGUGUAAAAACUGUACUCUUUUUUGGUACCCCCUUCCCCUCUGAAAGUAUAUAUAAAAAAUUGUGAUUUUUUUUUUUGGUGAAGUUAUUUUAUUUAUUAUCUAUUUUAAAACAAUCGUCCAACAGGAACUCUUCGUUCCAACUUACAGGCGAUGGGAUUGUUGGCUAAUAAUUCCAAUACCUUAUUUUUGGUGAAGUCAACUAAAAUUAUUGUAAUCUAUUAUUUUAAAUAUUGCAUAAUGAAUCAACAUUUUCAUGCAUAUGUAAAAGUAUACAAGUUUGUCUACAUCUUCCCACUGGCAUACUGUUUGUACACUUGUAAAAUUGUUGAUAAAUAGUGAAUGACCCCUCAGUAUUAACUAAUAUAUUAUCAUACCAGUAGAAUGUCAGAAUGGCGCCAUAUAAAUGGUGUAAUUGAUUGAUUGAUUGAUUUAUUGUUAGUUUGAAGAAUGCAAAUAAUUAUUACAUAUUACACUACAAUGCUUAUAUAGUGUAUAUUGUUUAUCUUGUUUAUUAUCUUAUAGCUUUAAAUUUACAUUUUGUAAGAAUCAUUAAUAAGGCACGUUUUUUUACAGUCAAUAAUUAGGUAGUUUGACAAAUUUAACAAAUAAUUUAUAGCUACAGUACAUUGAAAAUUAUCCAAUGUUCAAAGUUUAACAAUUACAUAUAUUUAAAAAAGAUUUGAUAUUUUUUCCUAAAUUAUAAAUAAUGAUGUCGGUAGUCCAUGAAUGAGAUAGCUGGAUAAAAUAUUACAGUAUAUGCCAAAGUACACUGACUGGAACUUACCUUGAAAAUAAUAGAUUUUUCCAUUACAGUGCAACAUAUAAAAACAUCCUAAACCACAUAAGUCUUAUAAGUGAAUGUGUAAAUACAUUUAUUGUUCUAUAAAAUCCUUUGUAUUUAUAUUUAAAUUCCUAUGUUUUCAGUCAUGUUUGUGAUGUUAGCUCUCAGAUUAGACCGUAGCGACCCCAAAAAAUAGAUAAGCAAUUAAAUAUUCUUAACACGUUGGCUGCCAAAGACAUUGGGUGUUGCUGAGGGCGCUAGGCACGACUUUACUCGUCAAAAUCGAGGUAAUAUUCUAACGUUUUUACUUCUUUGUUAUGCAUUGAAGAAAAACAGACUUAACGACUGGUAGUUCGGGGAAGAUAUACUUAGACGAUAACGUACAAAUAACGGAUGUAUGUUUGUUGUGUUAUCAGCAGUACACUUGAUUGCACGAGUGGGGGCGCCCUCUGAACUUAUAGCAACCCAUGCAAAAAGCGGACGAGAAAACUUGCACUUGGCAGAGACAAUAAAAAAUGCUGUCCGAAUGCCAGCAACAAGUUUACUCGUUUCAUAAUAUUCUCCAGUCAAUUUAUGAGACACACCAUUUUGAUGAUAUUUGACUAGAUAGAAUUUCAAAAAAAUAUGUUUGUACUUGUUCUGGCACAAGAGAAAUAACCUAUGAAAAACAAGGUCUGACAGUCAACGUGUUAAUCUUUCUUUGACAAUGUAUUAUGAAGGGAACCCUCCCUCACCACUUUCUAAUUUAAAACUAAAUUUAUGUUUUUUUUUUAAUAUACUGACAAUGCAAACAUUAAAGGAAGUUUGAUAAUGUGAUAUUCCGAUUAAUGUGGUAUACUCUCUCCACAAUAUUGUCAUGAUUAGUUAAAAAUACCCAAGAUGUGCCUACAGUGUAUAUGGGCAGUAGCGUAUCUAGAAAGGUGUGCGCGAGUGCACACGCUUAACAUUUACUCACUCCCCCCCCACCACCCAGAAUAACACUUUGUUUUGUGAGCCAGUGCUAUUCCAACUCACCUAAUCAUCAUUCCCCCCCAUCAAAUUUGAACCCCCAUAAGUCCCUCAUUUUAAGGCUCCUACAUAUACCACUGUUUAUGGGUGUGAUAUGACAUCAUUAUGCUCAUAUCAAGUCAGAUAGAUUUUAGGUCUAGGAUCACAAUGGAUCCACUCAGGUCAAUUUCAUGUCACUGAAUUAUGUUAUCAUAAAUCAUAAUCUCUUCCUUUGAACUAAGUCACCUGUUUGUUUACUGUCAAGGUCACAGGAACCAAUUUCCGCACCCCUAAUGGUUUUUAAGGAUGUUUUAUUUAGAAAGAUAGGAAAUUAUUAAAAAGAAUUUCAAUGCUUGAGCAAACAUUAUUCGUAAUAAACUACUGUAGUAUUAUAUCAAUGAAUGCACUACAGCCAAUCACUGCCACUGGUUUGAUUUUAAAAAUCUAAAUGCUUAAAAAAUAUAUAUCCCAGGUUCGUACAACAGUGCUAGUAUAAGUAUACAUAGUAGGGAAUGGUCAUCAAAACUGCACCUUAAGCCACAACAAACAAUAACUACCAUACUUGUCAACCAUAUGCUUUAAUUAAAAGGUUAAAUAAACUUAAAGUUCUUUUAUAAAAAGAAAACAAAGCGUUAGUUUAAAGAUAAAGAUCGAAUACAUUUUCUUUUUCUAACUAUUUUUUAUAAUAAUAUAGUUCCUCAAUAUUUUAUAGUCAUAGACCCUUACUGGCUAAUUAUGAAUUUAAGGAUUUUUAUUUUUAAUCAAAGUUUCAUUGGAAGUUAAUAAUAAAUAAUAAUAAUAAUCAGUUUGUAUAUCGCAAAUUACAAUUAAGUCUUUAAGUGCUUUAAUUCUUAAUAAAAAGACGGCUUUUUAGACCUGAUUUAAAUUGUGAUGUGCAAUUCACUACAUCCUUUGGUAACUGAUUCCAAAGCUUGGGCACUGAAAUGUGUGUUGAAAGGCCUCCUUUCAUUAUGAUUUGGUUGAUAAGAUAUGUGACCCUUUUAUGUGAGAAAUUUAUGGUUUAUGUUGUAUUUUUGACUAGAUU